GCAAAAUCCUUUCUCGCAUCCUAGCUUCGUCUCGACGCAAACACAUAUCCGACCAAACCACAGACAGCGCCGCGGCCCGCACGUGCUCCCGGGCCACCACCGUCCCCGUCCCGAUCCGUCCCCCCACUCCCGCCCCCGCCGCGGCGCAAGAUCGGAGUUCCGGAUGGAGCCGCUGCCGCGGAAGCGCAAGGGCGCGCCCCCCGAGUGCUCCUCCCCCGCCGCCGCCGCCGCCGCCAGGUCCCUCCAAGAUGCGGCCCCCCGCAAGCGCGCCUGCCGCGAUCCGGUGCCGAAUCCGUGCGGCGUGGUGAUGACGGCGCCGCCCGCGAGCAACGGAGCCUCGGCGGCGGGGUGCGGGGGGCGCGGGGUGAAGCGGAAGGUCGGGUGCAUCGACUCCGCCACGCGGAUGGGCCGGCGGAAGCGGCUGGAGAGCGAGUACGACCUCGGCGAGGAGAUCGGGCAGGGCAAGUUCGGGUCCGUGCGGCUCUGCCGCGCCAAGAACGGCGGCGAGGAGUUCGCCUGCAAGGCGCUGCCCAAGAACGGCGGGGAGACGGCUCACCGGGAGGUGGAGAUCAUGCAGCACCUCUCCGGCCACCCGGGCGUCGUCACGCUCAGGGCCGUCUUUGAGGACGCCGACCGCUUCUACCUCGUCAUGGAGCUCUGCCGCAGCGGACGGCUCCUCGAUGAGGUGGCCAGAGAGGGGAGGCUCUCCGAGAGGCGGGCCGCCAAUGUGAUCAGGGAGCUCAUGGCCGUCGUCAAGUACUGCCACGAAAUGGGCGUUGUCCACAGGGACAUUAAGCCGGAGAAUGUUUUGCUCACCAAGGCCGGGAGGUUAAAGCUUGCAGAUUUUGGGCUGGCCGUGCGGGUCACUGAUGGCCAGAAGCUGUCUGGUGUUGCGGGGAGCCCUGCAUAUGUGGCACCUGAGAUUCUGCUGGGAAAUUAUUCAGAGAAAGUAGAUAUAUGGGCUGCUGGGGUGCUUCUACAUGUUUUACUGUUGGCCAGUCUUCCAUUUCAAGGUGGCUCUGUACAAGCUGUCUUUGAGGCUAUAAAAACAGCAGAAAUUGAUUUUCACAGUUGUCAAUGGGAAUCAGUAUCUGUUCAUGCUCGUGAUCUUAUAAGCAGAAUGCUGAAUCGAGAUGUCUCCUCGAGAUUAGAUGCUGAUGAAGUUCUGAGACAUCCUUGGAUUCUACUGCACAGCGAAUGCCAGCUGAAGGCUGAAUUUUCAAGUCUGUGGCAUGAUAACAAAACUACAAUGCCCAGGAUACAUCACGAGAGAAUUAGGUCAGAUUGCCAGCAUUUGUCUUCAGAAUCAUCGAUUGACGACUCUGAUGAGGCUGAUGAAUGUGGAAUAGUUGAUGCACUGGCGGCAGCAAUAACCCAAAUUAGGAUAUCAGAGCCCAAAAGGAGUCGGAUCUGCACCUCGGCAAUUCCUACCAAGCAGGAAUCGCCCUCUAGCUUAAAGGGAAAUGCGUGCACGGCUUUCUGAGUUUUGAAUUGGCCAGUGAUGCAUGUACAGCCUCUCACAUUGAAUGUUAUCUGAAUUCCUUAACCAAGGUUGAUCUGAUGCAAUCCAUAGAGCCAUAGCCCUAUAGCUCCUAUAGAUGAGCGUGUGCUCAUGUAACCGACCUCGCAAACUUGGCGAGGCUGUAAAUUUUGUAAAUAUGUUGUGCUAUUUCUGUAGCUGGGAGUUUACCAUUUUUUUUACCUGGAAAGAAGCAUGCUUUGGCUGCCAUAUUGAGAAUUGAUAUCAUGUUAGCAUUACUAUUUUUUUUAUAGGAUGUUAGUGUUA